UCUUUCCUUACACAUUCUUUUUCAAUUUUCCAAAUCCCCUAUAAAUGCCAUCCACCACAAUUCUAUCUCCACAACACAACAUUCCUCUAUUCUACCAUACACAUACAAAUUUUGCAAAUACAAAACACAAUUACUAGUAAGUAAUGAGUUGUUCAAUGUCUUCAAGAAUUAUACUCAGCCUAAUCCUCGUUAUUUCUCUUCUUCAUUUCACCUCAGCAGCAAGAAAACUAACACAAAAUGAUCAACAAUUAAAAUUUCAAUACCACAAAGGACCUCUUCUCACAGGCAAAAUCUCCAUCAAUCUCAUAUGGUAUGGCAAAUUCAACCCUUCUCAACGAGCCAUAAUUUCCGAUUUUAUCACUUCCAUUUCCUCACCAACCAUCAAAUCGCAACCAUCAGUUGCCACAUGGUGGAAAUUAACCGACAAAUAUUACCAUCUCGCAAACUCACGAAACCUCGCACUCACAACAGGUUCACACUUUGUAGACGAGAAUUACUCUCUUGGGAAAUCACUCACAAAUGAUCAAAUUAUAAAGCUUGCAUCCAAGGGCUCACAAAGAAACGCCAUCAAUGUGGUUCUAACUUCCGCUGACGUGGCAGUUGAUGGAUUUUGUUCAAGUAGGUGUGGGACUCAUGGUUCUUCGGCGAACCAUAAAUUUGCUUACGUGUGGGUGGGUAAUUCGGAGACACAGUGUCCUGGUCAAUGUGCGUGGCCUUUUCACCAACCUAUUUAUGGGCCUCAAAGCCCACCGUUAGUUGCCCCAAACAACGAUGUGGGCCUUGAUGGAAUGGUGAUUAGCGUCGCUAGUUUAUUGGCUGGGACCGUGACAAACCCAUUUGGAAAUGGGUUCUAUCAAGGACCCAAAGAAGCGCCUUUGGAAGUUGGCUCAGCUUGUACUGGUGUGUACGGUAAAGGGGCUUAUCCUGGAUACGCUGGUAACCUCUUGGUGGAUCCAACAAGUGGCGCCAGUUUUAACGCUAAUGGUGUUAAUGGAAGGAAGUAUUUGUUGCCCGCACUCUUUGACCCAACAACCUCAAUGUGUUCUACUCUAGUCUAGUCUAGUUACUAAAACAUGGGACUCGAAUUCACUCUUGUGCAGCAAAAAAAUGGCUAAUGUUUCUCUUCCUUACUGCUUGCUAUAGCCUCUUAGGAAAAUUACCAAAGAUAUACUACUUUUAUUUUAUUUUUUUUAAUUUAAUUUUGGUGAAAAUAUAUUGUAUUAUUAUUCGUUAUAAAUUCUUUGCUAUAUUGAUGAAUAAAAAGUAGGUACAAUUCGAUGAA